AUGCAUGAUCAUGAUGUUUCUUCGCAAAGCAAAUCGGAGCGAGGUGAAUAUAUAGCUUUGAACGAAGACGAAUCUACCGAAGACCUUGAAUCUCCGGUGCCUAGACGCCGGGGGAUUUUGUCCGUCUCAUUUUUCACCAACCCUCUUGUAUAUGCACCUUUAGCAAUUGUUUUCGCGGGAGCAAUUGUAUUCUUCUGGAUGACCCGUACCGGAAAUCAAUAUAAAUACACAGAUUGCGGAGUGACUCCUGACGAAGCACGAGCACGAGGUUGCGUGUUCGAGCCGAUGCAACGCGCUUGGAUCCCUCCAGAGUGCUAUUUUCCGGAGCCAGGGGAAGACUACGACACCUUUCAGGACAGACAGUGGUACAUGGACCCCAAUAUGACGAUUGACGCUGAUGUAGAGAAGUUGGAGGCUGGGGAAGUGUCCGUAGCCUAUACGCGCUACUGGCAUGACGAGCAUUGUACCUAUCUUCUCCGAAAGCUCGCCCUUGCGGUCUCUAUGGGGAAGAAAAUGAUCAAUUCGAAGGCUUUGGAUAUUGAGCAUUCAAAUCAUUGCGCACUGGCCAUAGCCGAGAGACUGGCUAGCUCGUACAAUGUCUCCUUUGUGGAAACUGACCGUUCCUUCACGGAGAGCCAUUUGGGGUUCGAAUGGUGCCUACCACUCAAGACUGUCGUUGGCCCGGAUAAGGCUGUUCCAGUCUACCCCAAGGACACCAGCUCGGUGCCUAACCGCACAGACGGAAUUUCUGAUUCUUCCGUCAACCGCCUCGCAGCCACGGGAAAUACCCUCGGCGAGUCCGCCUUUGGCUCAGGCAUGGACCGCAACAGUGGUACGAUACCCGAAUACCUGUCCACGGGCUCCGAAGAUCUCAGACCUUUGAGCAAGGAGGAAGCGGAGAGAUUAUACGAGGAGAGAAUGGAGGAGGAAUACGCGAAGCGGGAGGGAGGUGCUUAA